AAGGAACGGCAAUCACGAGGCACAGACAAAACGGUCGAAACAAUGCAAGAACAAAAAACCGUUAUUGUUCGCUGAACAUGACCAUCCUUAUCUCUGGAAAAUAAUACAUUGGAAACGAUUUUCAAACCAAUGUUAUUGGGUUUGUCCUGCCCUUAUAUUUUGACCUUACUGCUCGCGGGGCAUUACAUUUUGAACUUCUUCAUCCUGCUACCACUUAGCACCCUGUUUACUAACUUCUAUCACUAUCAUCACAUCUAUAUGGCCAGACUUGGACGAUCAGCUGCAAUCAAGGAGGCGACGGCUCUACGCGCUGCAUUUCGAAGGUCUCCGAGACAAUUUUCGAAAUCCCCCAGCUCCAAACGAAGGUCGAGGGCGAGAGGAACCACUAACGUUGAAUCCGCUGCUCUGGAGGCUGUUGAGGAGACCGCCGAGUCUUCCGAGAAGCAGCGUAUCGAUUUAGGCGCAGGUCCUCCAGUGUCCAAGAGCUCCAAAGCAUUGGCACAGGCAACCGUAACCAAAGACUUGGAGCCUCGCAAGCUUUCCCCUCUCGGGAGCACUGCGAUCAAGGAGUCCGCCAGCGGCUCUCCGUCGAUGCCCGUGCGACGUUCCAAGGCGGCGUCUGUCACGGUCAAGACGAAGGCGAAGGGAAUUGUCCCUCUGAAGACUGCCAAGAAGACCGCCGCGGUCGAUAGUCAACCAUCUGUCAACGAUGACUCGGCGGCUAAAGGUCUGCCUCAUGUAUCCGCGGUGGACAAGGGCAAGAGAAGGCAGGUCGAAACUCUGGAGGUUGUCAAGGAAGGUGCGGAAGGUAGAGAUUAUUCACCGCUUACAUCGACCUCCAAAGCGAAGGGCAAGGGGAAGAUCAUUGAGGAUGUCAUUGAAAUUGUAGACGAGAGUGAAAACACGGCAGUCAAACCCCUUCGAGCAAAAAAGGGCAAGCCAAGGCCAAUAGAACCUAAUGAUCCAGAGGCUCAAGUUCUCGAUCCCAGCGAGAUAAUCCCAAAGAUGAAUGCACUAGUCAAAGAGGACAUCGCCGAUCUAAACAUGAUCAAUCAGCUCCAGAGUACUGUUAACCGAGUCAUACAGGACGCUACCGGCAUACUCGAAGGGUGUCGCAAGGAGACGCUGUUCCGAACUCGCUUGGAGACCUUUUUGCGAUACUCUGUGUUCAAUAAUAAUGCAGAGUCAAAGGCUCGCGGAGGACCGUCCAGUCCCAGAGGAAGGCUUGAUACCGGGUGGACUUUGGAUGAGAUGUGGUCCGGUGGAGCGGUUCUCAUCGAAGAUCCCGGAUAUGAGUGGAGGCUUGCCGAUGAAGAUGAGGAGGAACAGUUUUGGGAGCUUGACGACAAGGAAAUUAAGAAGAUUAUAGAUAAGGUGAUGCCUCAGGACUCCAGCGAGGAAGAAUCAGGAAGCAGUUCAGAAGAAGAAUCGGGAGACGAUGAGUUGGGAGAUGAGGAACAAGUGUCGGACGAUGAGCCUGCCAGCGAGCAGUCGUCAUCCUCGCGUAAGCGUUCUCGUGAUAACGAGGAAACGAUAGCGCACCCUGCUCGUCGCAUAAAAGUAUGAUAGCGAAGUCAGCGAUCCUACGCAGGAAAUUAUCUUUCGCUACUUACCAUUUAUUGCAAAGUACUGCAGGCGGUUAGACGGUAUUCCAUGUCAUGUUUGUAUUCAACAGGAGGUACAUAGACGCGCAGCAGCUCUAUCGCUGUUGACGAAAAUAUCUAUGUAAAUAAUCCCUCGGUGCGAUCACAUUUAUAUGAGCGU